CGCUGACAGUCGCUGUCAUUCGUCCACGGUCGGUUUCAGGAGAGAGGGCAGUCAAGGAAGCACACAGCAGUCGGCUAGCUCUGAAGUAAAGACAGUUAGCGACGAAAUAAUCCUGAAAAUCAAACAAAAAAUGAAACCGAGCGAAUAAGGCUUGUGAAAUAACCGCGGUCGAAUAGAAUUCAGUCGUUGCCACGUUAGCAGAGCCCGUUGAUUCCAUAGUCCAGAUUAGAGGCAGCAGAUAGAGAGCUGUGUCAUCGAGCAGGCAGGACACGUCAGGAGAAGGGAGAAAAAAAGCUGACCGACUGCACUGUACGAGUCGGCUACCAAAAAAAAAAAAGCUUUGCCCGACGCACUCGCAUUUUUUUCAAGGACAUCUCUCUGCUUUUCAAACCGAGGAAAGGAUCCCGACAAAGACGUCGCCGAGCUCGAAGGUGGUGAUCAGAAGGACAAACGAUCACGGGAUAGCUUUUGUGCGUGUGUGGGGGGAGAAAACAAAUGGGGGAUUACGGGUUCGGAGUCCUAGUUCAAAACAACACUGGCAACAAGUCUGCAUUCCCGGUUCGAAUCCACCCGCAUCUGCAGCCCCCACACCACCACCAAAAUGUGUCGCAGAGCCCUGCUGCUUUCAUAAACAGCACCACAGCCGCGGGGAAUGGCACCACGGGAGGCUCUCCCUGGCUCUUCCCUGCCUCAGCCACCCACAACAGCGUGCAAGACGAGAUCCUGGGGGGGCCAGAGAAACCCAAGGCACAGCAGCAACAGGAAAUGCAAGAAACGCAAGAAAAGCAGCAGCAGUUGUCCCCUGGGAGUCACCAGGAGGGUGGGGGUGGCGGUGGGAUCAUUUCAGAACUGGAAAAAGCCCGGUCAGAUGAAGCCAAGACGGACAACGGCACGUCCGAAGGGAGUAACGGGAAGGAGAAGCAGUUGCGCCUCGAGUCUCCGGUCUUGACGGGCUUCGAUUACCACGAGACGUCUGGUCUCGGGGGAACCGGCCCCGUCCAGUCCAGUACAACCUCGUCGUCACUUACUGGCUUCAACAACUGGUCGGCCGCCAUCCCGCCGGCACCGUCAACCAUCAUCAACGAGGACGUGAGCUUCUUCAACCCGGCGUCUGCCAACAACGGGGCCCUGCUGUUCCCGAACUUCUCUCACCACGUCAGCCCAGGGUUCGGCGGGAACUUCUCCCCCCAGAUCGGACCAGCGGCGGCCCUGUCCCAGCACCACGCCGCUCCCCCGCCUCACCCUCACUUCCAACACCCCCACAACCAGCACCAGCAGCACCGGCGCUCCCCGGCCUCUCCACACCCUCCACCGCCCUUUCCGCACAGGAAUGCGGCUUUCAACCAGUUGCCGCAUUUGUCCAACAGCCUGAACAAGCCCCCGUCCCCCUGGGGUCCGGCCAGUUACCACAGCACCUCUCCCUCCCCCGGCUCCUCUACCUCCUGGAGUCCUGGAGGAGGCUAUGGUAGCGGUAGCGGCAGCUGGGGGGGGUCUCAGGGCAGAGACUAUCGCAGGGGGCUGAAUGGCGGGAUGACCCCCAUCAACUCCAUCUCUCCUCUGAAGAAGACCUUCCCCAACAACCACGUGGCGUCCCAGAAGUACCCUCGAAACAGUCCCGCCGCUUUCAACCCCAAGUCCUGGAUGGACGAUGGAGUCGGCCGCAGUGACAACAUCUUCCCCUUUCAGGAGCGCACCAGGUCAUUUGACAGCUUCAACAUGAACACGCUGGAGAGCUCGCUCAUCGACAUCCUGAGGGCGGAGCAGGACACCCUGAAAGGUCGUCUGGGAUUCCCCCACCCAGGAGUAGACAACCCUUUACCCCUCAAUGCCAGGAAUUAUAGCAGGAGACGAGGCCACUCCUCUCUCUUCCCAAUGGAGGAUGGUUUCCCUGACGACGAUCGCGGCGAACAGGGUCUCGCAGGCCUGGGCUCUCCACACUGCUUUCCACACCAGAAUGGAGAGCGCGUCGAACGUUACUCACGCAAGGUCUUCGUGGGAGGACUGCCCCCGGACAUAGAUGAAGAUGAGAUAACCGCCAGUUUCCGGCGUUUUGGACACCUGUUUGUGGACUGGCCUCACAAAGCGGAGAGCAAAUCCUACUUUCCACCCAAAGGCUACGCCUUCCUGCUCUUCCAGGACGAGAGCUCAGUGCAGGCUUUGAUUGACGCCUGCAUCGAGGAGGACGGCAAGCUGUACCUCUGUGUGUCCAGCCCCACCAUCAAAGACAAGCCGGUCCAGAUCCGCCCGUGGAACCUGAACGACAGCGACUUUGUGAUGGAUGGAUCUCAGCCUCUGGACCCGAGGAAAACCAUCUUUGUGGGAGGUGUCCCUCGUCCGCUCCGUGCAGUGGAGCUGGCCAUGAUCAUGGACCGUCUGUAUGGGGGCGUUUGCUACGCUGGCAUCGACACCGACCCCGAGCUGAAGUACCCCAAGGGAGCAGGGCGGGUCGCCUUCUCUAAUCAGCAGAGCUACAUUGCUGCUAUCAGUGCUCGCUUUGUACAGCUGCAGCACGGAGAAAUCGAUAAACGGGUGGAAGUGAAGCCAUACGUGCUGGACGACCAGCUGUGUGACGAGUGCCAGGGGACUCGCUGCGGCGGCAAGUUCGCGCCGUUCUUCUGCGCCAACGUCACCUGUCUGCAGUACUACUGCGAGUACUGCUGGGCGGCCAUCCACUCGCGCGCCGGCCGGGAGUUCCACAAGCCCCUGGUGAAGGAGGGCGGCGACCGGCCCCGCCACAUCUCCUUCCGCUGGAACUGAGCGGACGGCAGAGGGGGAGGCAGCAGGAGGGCAGGUAGUGCAGGAGGCGCAAGUCGUUGUACAAAUAAAUGCACUUUUCUGUUGCUGGUUCCUUUCUGUUCCAAUUUCACUGAACCGUUUUCCUAAUUUUUUUAAGUUAAUAUAUAUCUAUAUUUUGAAGAUAGAAAAGAAAAACUGGAAUUAUAUCCAAAUAUGUCCAGCAAGGAAAAAAGAUGUGUAACAUAAUUUUAUUUAUGCGUUUUGAUUUUUUUUUUUAAGUAUUUUUAUUAGUUCUCAAAAAAAUGCAUAUAUAGGAAAAGUUUGAAGUUUGAUAUGGUACUCUGCUUUUCAAUUGGCAAUUUUUUUCUAAACUAUGUAUUUGAUUUUAAUUUUGAUACGAGAGGCCCCAAAACAAAUACACUUCUUUUGACAUUUGAUUGACUUCUUUUGUAGCAGAGCUGUUGCUUGUUUUGUGUACCGAGUCUCCAGAGGCUAUUUAUUUCUGAGAAGUGUGAUUAAGUUCUGUAUUCAUACAAGAGGCUCCAGAACAAAUGUGGAUUGAAAAAAGGUGUCGCUAAAGAAGAGUGCACUUAUUUCCAAUUCAAAAGAGUGCAGAUACGCUAUAUGAGACCCUUGGUAGUUAACCAAAGCUGAAUUAACAGAGGGGGGGCCACUGCAGAAUGAAAUUAUUAUUUUCCCUCCCACAAUUUUCAACCUUUCUUUUUUUUUUAUGAGUUCCGACAUCAUAUAAACAUUUUUGAUCUUACUUGAAAAUCGCGACAAAAUUUUAGCAACACGCAUUUGGGUUCCGAUCUCCAUUUUGACAUGCAAAAACUAAUACCUCAAACUCCGCUGCUAAUGUGCCGAAUACAGUUAAGAAGAAAGGAGAAAAAAGAAAAAGCACGAAAGAAGAAAAAGCAUUAUCACCUGCUUGUGUUCUCCUUUCCUUUCAGAACUAUAAUCAAAGGGAAGUGAUGCAACAGGCAGAGCGUGAUGUGACCGGCAACGUUUUGUACUCGCUUGCUUCAUCACCUCCUUAUUUUUAUAUUCAAACCCAGGGUUGUGCUAGGGACCGAGCAGAGCGCCAUGCCGCGUGUCAGGGGAAUGUAUGGUUCUAGGGAGGCUACGGGAGCGACACGCAGGCCUGCUGGUAGAGAGUCCGAGCCCCGACCCCUACCCCACCCUCCCCCUUCUCCCUCCGCCCCCCCCUCCUCCUCCUCAUGGCCGCAUGCGACCUCCGCUGCUAGCUAGCAGCUAACAAAGGGGCGGGCCUCGUGGAUCCAACCCCCCGCUCCUGUGUCUGCAGGGGAUUAGAUCCCCAUCUUUCAGGACUGCAGUUGUGGUGACUCCUAGAGACGAGGCUGGUUCGCGGCCGUCUUCGUUGCAGUUUCGAUGGGGGGGGGGGGUCUGCCGCCCAGCAGGAAAUGCCUGUCCCUUUUGUUAGUUUUUGAUUGUUGUUGUUUUUUAUUUUUUUUUACGCUUUUGUGCAAUUCUCCCCAGUCUUUAAUGAAAAGGUUCUACUUUGCAUCAGAGAGUCAGCUACAUUUGAAAGAAAGAAGCAAUUGACAGUCCAGUCUGAUCUCCCAGUCGUCAGCAUGCGCGCGAGUCACGGCGGGGGGGCGGGCGCCCUUUUGGCGAACCCUUUAUCCGUUCUCCGGCUAAGCUACUCCUACUCAGCAUCCAGUGUUUUUGAAGCAUAAAUGAAGAUAGUCUCUGCAGUGUGCUCUACUACUACACUCCGUGACCCACAUGCAGAUCGCUCUUGCUAACAGUCGGUUGUGCCCCGUGGUUUUUUGGGAACCAAAGAUGGCUGUGCGGUAGUGGGUCAUACUGUAGCUCAUUUCUUAGUUAGCUCUUUAUUCUGAUUUCUUUUUUUUUUUUUCAUUUCUUUAAGGUGUCUUCUCAUAUAUAUUUUUUCAAUUCAGUCACUACAACCCAGUUUUGCUCAACUGUCAAGCCCAGCAAACCAAAGAUUGGCCUUGAACAUAAUAUAUUUAUAUAUAUAUUUGACAGUGCAGUCAAAACACAUUAGAACACAAUAAAAAAAACAGGGCUUCUAAACACGUACACACACACACAUGCGCACACACACUUACACACAAGGCCUCAGAGCUCAAUAUGGCGGUGCACGCUGGUAGGCACAGUUCUUUUUAUCGCAAAUAGGUCUGUGGAAAGUUUAACAUAAAGUGCACAUUCACACAGCAGAAGUCAAACUAAUCCUUACAUUUGUUUGACGUUUGAAGUCACUCAGUGGUGAAACCUACUAGCUGAGCAUUUAAAUAUGUCAGGGAGUUAGUGCAGAAACUUGAUUAUACACACUAGUGAGAUACAUAUCCUCAUCUUGCCGUUGUUGCACCAGUUUUGCACUCUGGACAUUAGUUUUUGAGGGUGUGAUGGGGGAGCAUUUUAGAAGAUAAAACACUUUGUGAAGAAUUUGCUGUUAAAUGAGUCGAAAAAAAUUAUUUUAUACAUGGCCUGCUGAUUUUUGGUACAGUGUUUUCUAGCUAAAUUAUUUUGUCAUGCACAUAUAAACAUUUAUUAUGCACUACUUUUCUAAAUAUUUUUUCUUUUUCCAACAGUCAUUUUAGGCACAUUUUUCACAAAUGGGGAAACUCCUUUUUGCAAUACCUCAAUUUUUCACAUUGUGAAAGGUAGCUUUUGUACUUUUGUUACUGAGAGAUCUGCAUAUACGCAAAUGUUCAUUUUAAGAAAAAAAAGUUGGGUGAUUUCAAUUUCAAUAUAUAUUAUUUUCAAUUAUGCUUUUUAUACAUUUCAGUGCUGAGGAAACUUUACAACUAAGUGCGUACUUCUGUUGAUGCGGCUUCAGAUCUGCAGAGGAGAGACCAAAGUGUAUUGCUCUCUUGGUCUUAGCUUUUUGUACACUAGAUAAUUCCAGUCAAUCUGGUCGAUAACAGCAUGGCGAGAAUAAAAAUUUAAAAAAACACAAAAAAACAGUUGUAAUUUGAAAUUGAUGUUAAUGUCUCUAAACAUGGCUAUACUAGUUGGACAAUGGUAACUUCUGUCUUGGUUUCCUCUCCAUGGAUGGAUUAUAACUUAAUAUAAGGAGAAUGCAAAAUUUGGUUCACGCUUAACGCUGAAUCUCGUAUCACAAGAAUGGAUGUUUGGUGUUUAGAUAUUUUAAUAUUUCAAAAAAAAAGUAUAUAUAUAUAUAUAUAUAUAUAUAUAUUCUUAAACUUGCCAACUAGCACCUAUCGUAAUCCUUAGCAUGCAUGACAAAAAAGAGAAAAUGACAAGUACAUGAAUUAGCUAUUAAAAUUAAUUGUUGUGGUGUGCACCAAAUGUUUCUCAACUGUAUAAGUUGUUAAGGACACCCCAAACCCGCUAUCACGUCACCCCCCCACCCCACCCGACCCCUCCCCCCACCCCACGGGUUGAUCUCCUCGCUUCCCCAUUUGCAGACCUCCGCAGGAUGCACGUGACAGAAAUAAGACGAGAAACGAGGCAAAACGUAACUUACAAUCCAUUCGGCAGUGCGGGACUUUGAGCGUCCUUCUAGAAACACUGUUUUGAAACGACUUGAGAACUCAUUCCCGCUGUCUGAGGUGAUCUUAUAUAGACCUAUCUGGAGGAAGGGGAGCUUAAAGACUUGAAUGUGAUAAAUGUUGCAAGUUAACUUCAAGUUGUUAUGUGCAAUACUUAUUUUGAACCUUUUUCCAGAUAAAGACUCUUUGCAAUGUAAUUCUUUAAUGCCAUUUUUAAUUGCAGACAUUUAAUUAAAGAAGAUGUUAAUAUGUUUUUCACAGUCAUUUUCUACUGUUAUUGUAAUCCUUUUCAUGCUGGUGUUUGUAAAAAAAAAAAAAAGAAAUCAAACUAUUUGUACUAAUAUAAAUAAUUGAAGUUAUUUUUAAAACAUUAAAGGUUUUGUGCUCAUUUGCUUAUUUUGUUUAUUUUAAGCUACUGUGAUUGAUUGCAUUGUAAUUAUUAGGUCAACAAUGUAUUUAGCUGUUUAUUGGUAUAUUUUUAAUUGGAAUGUAUAAUUGAUUUUUAUAAUUUUGAUCAGAUUUUUGUUAUAUUUUUGAGGUGAAGCUUUUAAUAUGUUAAAGUGUCUAGUUUUUACUAAUUGCUAUAUUGUGCUCCACAAUAUAUGGUUCACAUUUUCUGAAGGAAAAUAAAUAUUUAAAUAUUUGUCUGUUAAUGUUACUUAAUGGCAAGAUUUCAAUAGUUUUUAACUGUGUAUGGGAAGGUUGUUGUAUUUAUUAAUAGCAUUUUUUACUUAAGAUAUCACCUUAAUUUUUAUUGUCAUUUCACUUUAUAAGUUCCUAUUUUUGUAUUUUCCUUUCUAAUUAAGUUAUGUAAUACGGAUAUGUCCAUAUUUCUAGGAGUUGGUCUGUAGAAGUGCUAGUGAAACGAAAAAGAAAAAUCUAAUGUUAUUUAAUUGUUUGCAGCCAACUAUUUAUAACAGUAUGCAUAAUUUUUAAAUAUUUGUAAUGUGAAAUGUUGAAUGAAAUAAAUCUUAACUGUGAUGAAAAGA